AUGAAACAGGUUAUUGGUUCAAUAGUGUUCGCACUACUCUGCAGUGCUGUCCACACUGUACAACCCAACGGCACCGUAGAUGAAGAAUCGCCCCGUAUCAUUGGGGGUCUAGAUCUUGACUUCUCGUAUGCUCCUUAUAUACUGUUCAUGACGCUGUACAACAAUCCACAGUGUGGAGCAUCUGUAAUUUCUCAUUAUUUUGCCGUAACCGCCGCACAUUGUGUGCAUCAGAAGCCUGUCAAUGCAAUUACCCUGCGAGGAGGAAGCAGCUUCGUGUACUCAGGCGGCCAUUUGUUUAAAGUUAUUAAUGUUCAGUUUCAUAACCAACACGAUAUCGCCAACUAG